AUGCAGCGCCAGCCUGCCGACCGAUCGAACGAGGCCGCCGCCGCCGCAGCAGCCGCUGUACGACGCCCGUCCCCGUCCAUGUCCUGGCUGCGGGAUCUCCAGCGGACACGGUGCAUCCUCGCCAGGCGUACGAACCAACCGACGUACGGUUACCGUCACGUGCCACCCGGCUGUGCGUCCCGUCUGCCGCGGGUCGCCCCAUACGCUGCCAGCACGGCGUCUGACCUGGCGCUAGUGCACCGGGGCCAGUUUGCUGCCGCCGGGCUGCUGGAUGCAGCCGGAGUGCCGCCCGGCUACGAACCCGACCCCGUCACCGCUAGUCCCGCUAUGCACAGAACCGCCACGAUGGACUCGAAAGCAACGAUCAACAAGGGCAAUUUUCUCUCGCAGCAGGAAGAUUUCCAUCCCUUCAUCGAAGCGCUACUGCCGUACGUCAAAUCCUUCAGCUACACCUGGUUCAACCUGCAGGCGGCAAAGCGACGUUACCUCAAGAAGCACGAGAAAAAGAUGACCCACAACGAGGAGAACAAGUGCAAACGAGACUUUCAGAACGAAAAUCCGGAAACGAAACAGAAAUGGGCCGCUCGGCUGCUGGGCAAGCUGCGCAAGGACAUCACCCAUGACAGCCGGGAAAACUUUGUGCACUGCAUUUCGAAGAAGAAAACCUCCAUGUGCAUCCUGUCGAACCCGGACCAGAAGGGCAAGAUGCGACGGAUAGAUUGUCUGCGCCAGGCGGAUAAGGUUUGGCGGCUCGAUCUGGUGAUGGUGAUCCUGUUCAAGGCGAUACCGCUCGAAAGCACCGACGGCGAACGGUUGGAAAAGGCGUGCUUCUGUACCAGCCCGAGCCUCUGCAUCAAUCCGUACCACAUUCAAGUAUUAAUCAAGGAGCUCGACCUCUACCUGGCCAACUUUAUCAAGUGUAAGUUCGAUGAGGAAAAUCAGGGUGAAAAAUCGCACAACAGCUCGCGCAAAUUUUCCAAAACCACCGCGAGCAGCAAGGUGUUCAGCUACGACUUUAUCGCACCGACCGGUGUAUUCACCUCGUCCGAGCUGUGGAGCAUUACGCAGGUAUGUGUCACUACCAACAAAAACGGGGUUGUGUAG